UAUAAUAUAAUAUUAUUCAUUUAGUAUCGCGUGGGCCGACCGCUGCCGACGUGUGUACAUAGUUAUUUGCAAAUAUUUAUCCUACGUCACGUGCGUUAUUAUUAUUGCUAUUAAAACGACGACGACGAUAUUAUUAUAAUUUGUCGUGUCUGUGAAAUUAUGCGAAUUCGUCCUCCCGCGAGGCCUCUGUAGCGACAAUCUCCGCACUGUGCCGCAUACUCACCAAACGAUCGGUCUACUGAAACCGCGGUCACCGUCACCGUUUCGAAAAAGUGCGGUAUGUUCGGUAUACUGGUCCUGCACUUGUCGGCGGCGGCGUUGUUUUACCGCUUUGGUUGUAACGGUCAGACGGCCGAAGUCGGCUCGCUGACGUCCCAGAUUGGCGGUUACGCGGUAUUUGAAUGUCCGGCAGUACCGCAACCGCGGUACGACCACGAUGGCGGUCUUCGCCGUCUUGUAGCCGUACGUUGGACAAAAGACGGGCAGACAGUAUUUACGUGUUCAGAGGGUACGUUAACCACCGACGAACGAUACGACGGACGGACUACCGUGGUAGAACCACCAGAGUUCAGCGAUGUAGUCUCCAUUGCAAUCAACGUUUCUAGUCUUCGCGAAUCAGACACAGGCGACUAUGAGUGUCAUGUAACUUACAGUGGCGAUGUAGGUCCGCUGCAACCGUCUUCGUCACAACCCCCUUUACCAACACUGUCAUUACCCCAGUCGAGCACAGACUCAACGAUGAAUGCUGUCGAUAACGACAUGGGUAGUACAGCAGGCGUACGGUUCAGACUCGAUGUGCAAGGUGAGGCUAAACAGUUCGUAUAUAAUACGCCGUUUGUCAGCAAAAACAAGGUACACUGUAUAAUUAAUUUACCCAUAUUGCUCAAUAUAUACCUACUCUAUACCUGCAUAUUUUUUUGAAUUAUGUUUGCGGAACAUGAAACUAUACUAUUGGAUUAUCAAUCUGCCGCAGACAAAAUUCUAAAAUAUGUAUACGUUACUGAGUAGUGAGUAAUGUAGGCAACUGAGUUAUAGAGUGUACCCAGUUUUCGCGGACACACGGUAUACACCUAAUUAUUAAUUAUUGAUUACAGUUAG